AUGAUUAUACGAAACGUCGAAUUAUUUAUUAUUAUUAUUAUCGGAUUCGUUUUUGUGUCUUCGAAUCCGUUGAAAAAUGAUAAAACUCCAUUUUCGAUCGAAGAAUCUGCUUUGGGUUUUUAUUCGGUGAAUUCAUUUUUUGGAACAUGGAUUUCCGAUAAUGAAUUCGAGUAUCAAGAUAACGACACAAAAAAUAUAAAAAUAUUAAAUUUAGAAACGAAUAAAACUUACGUAUCGUUAAAUCGAACCGUUUUUAACAAAUACAAUUCAAACAAAUAUAAAUUUUCACACGAUAGAAAUUACGUUUUGAUACCGUACAACGAAACGACAGUGUUUAGACAUACGAAAACGGCUCAGUACGUUGUUUACUCUUUGAAAGAUGGAGUUUAUUAUCAUGUUUCAAACAAGGAAAGACUUCAAGAAGCCGAUUGGGGACCGAAAAACAAUAUAUUACUCUUUAUUAAAAACAAUGAUAUAUAUGUCGUAACGGAUAUUGAUGAAAACAUGAAUUCGGUUCAAGUAACAAAUACUGGUUUACAUGGAGUCGUGUAUAACGGAAUGAGUGAUUGGGUUUAUGAAGAAGAGGUUUUGAGCACUAGUAAAGCAUAUUGGUUUUCACCAAACGGUGAUCAAUUAUUGUACCUUACUUUAAACGACACGAGAGUUAAGAAGGCCACCCUUUUCGAGUAUGGAGAACCAGGUUCAUUGGAAAAUCAGUAUCCGAAAGAAGUUGAAAUACGUUAUCCGAAAUCAGGUUCGACUCCACCAGAUUUUAAACUUUGGCAUGUAACACUUAAAAAUGUAACACUUAAAAAAUUAUUUGCACAAUCUAAAGUGAUUUCAUCAUCAUCAUUGAUUACUUUUAGUGAAGACAUUUUCUAUGGAUUAAAAUGGGCUGAUAAUGAUAAAUUUUUAUACAUGAUGACAAAUAGAGUACAAAACGAAUCUAAAACGUAUAUGUGUGAUUUAAAACAAGAAAAUCCAUGUCAAAUCAAAUUUCAACAUUUAAAAGAACGUGGAUGGGCAAAUACAGAAAUGCCAAAAGUAAGUGAAAAUCUCGACAGAUUUUUAAUGUUGGAAGGGAUUUCGGUUGGAGAUUCGGGUAAAUUUAAACAUUUGGUUUUACAUAAAGAAAAUGGCGACAGUUUUAGUUUGACGAAUGGUCAUUUCGAUGUCGAACGAAUACUUUAUUGGAAUCAAAAAACAAAAAUGGUUUAUUAUUUGGCACCGGAAGUAAAUGAUUCGACCACAUCUCAAGUUUAUGCAGUUUCCGAAUCGAAUACGAAUGAAAAACCUGAAUGUUUGACUUGUCACAUAAAAUCCCCGGAGGGAAGAUUUUGCAAAGAUGCAUCUGGACAAUUUAGUAAAUUAGGUUCUUACGUUGUUAUUAAUUGUAAUGGACCCGAUCCGAGAGUUGUUUAUUUGUUUAAAACAGAACAUCCGCUUGGAAAACCUUUACGUGUGUUAGAAAACAAUUUCAAAUUACGUAAUCAAAUGGAAGGGAAAAUAUUUCCAGAAGUAUUAAAUUUAAAUGUUGAUGUUGUCGGAGGAUCAUUCAAAGCAGACGUUCGUUUAUUUUUACCACCGAAUAUGGACAAAAGUGGAAAAACAAAAUAUCCUUUGUUAAUUUACGUGUACGGAGGACCCGGAAGUAAAGGAAUCAGCAACACAUUUAAAUUUGAUUGGGGUUAUUAUAUGAGUACGAAUUUAAGCGUGAUUUACGGUUUCAUCGAUGGUAGAAACACUUUAAAAAAAGGUGAAAACGUUUUAUUUGCCGGGUACAGAGCACUUGGUACCUAUGAAAUGUACGAUCAAAUCAAUGUGACGAGGACUUUACAAAAACAAUUUCCAUUUAUCGAUUCUAAUAAUACUGGAAUUUGGGGUUGGAGUUAUGGAGGAUACGCGACGACAAAAGUUUUAGAAAUGGAUUUUAAUAACGUAUUUAAAUGUGGAAUCGCCGUUGCUCCCGUCGCGGAUUGGCUUUAUUACGAUUCCGUGUACACGGAAAGAUACAUGGGUUUACCGGAAGAAAACAAAGAAGGUUAUAAAAAAUCGAGCACGUUGUAUGACGUCACGAAUCUUCUUAAAAAAAAAUAUUUUUUAAUACACGGGAACGCGGAUGAUAACGUACAUUAUCAAAAUGCAAUGAUGUUGGCAAGAGUUUUGGAAAAGAAAAAUAUACCAUUUGAAUUAAUGAGUUACCCAGAUGAAAAUCACAGUUUAUUAAGUGUAAGAAAACAUCUUUAUCACACAAUGGAUAGAUUUUGGAAAAGGUGUUUCAACUUGUAA